AUGAGCGGCGACGACCUUAUUCCGGCCAGGCCGGACGAUAUCCUUGACGGCGAGCUCUCCGAAGACCCCGCGUCCCCGGGUACCCCAGAGUCGCCCGAGGCCGAAGCGCCUCAAGAACCGGCCUCCGCCGAACAUCCCUCCGAAAUUGCAAAGCGACUGCCGUCUCUGAGAUCCGUCUCCGACCCUCAAAACAUGAAUCCCAAUUCCACUUCGCGCGGUGUCCUGGGCAGGGCAAGGAAUCCCAAUCAGGUUCCGACCGCCCUCGCUGGGGCUGCCACCAUGGACAACAGUGUCAUGGCCAGGGCCAGGGCGCUUCAUCAGGAAAGAAUCCCCGUUACUGGCCCCAAUGGCUUUCCGGGUGGUCUUCGCAUGCCCGCGGCGCUGCAGCGACCCAGCUUGGGACAGCAUCCCAAAUCCGCCCCCUCGAUCGCGCCUUCGCUCAGCCAGAGGAGAGCAAACAAGAUGGGCAUGGGCUUCAAGCUGUCCGACAUUACCGGUGACAAUCCCGACGAGCAAAAUACCAACGGCUCUGGCCAAGGCUCGAAAAUGGAUGACUUCAAGCAGUACAUUGAUGCGGAAAAGGGCAUUUCUCUCGACGAAGUUGAAAAACUGGACGAGCUCGGCAAGGGCAACUACGGCACCGUCUACAAAGUCAUGGCCAUGAAAGAGAUUCGGCUAGAGCUAGACGAUGCAAAAUUCACAACAAUACUCAAGGAGCUGGUAAUAUUGCACGAGUGUGUAUCGCCACACAUCAUUGAGUUUUACGGCGCCUUUUUCCAAGAAGGGGCCGUGUAUAUCUGCAUCGAGUACAUGGACGGGGGCUCUAUCGACAAGUUGUACGAAGGCGGCAUACCGGAGAACGUGUUGCGCAAAAUCACCUACUCAACCGUCAUGGGGCUCAAGACGCUCAAGGAUGACCACAACAUCAUCCACCGCGAUGUCAAGCCGACCAACAUCCUGAUUAACACGAGGGGGCAGAUCAAGAUCUGCGACUUUGGCGUCAGCGGCAACUUGGUAGCCAGCAUAGCGAGGACCAACAUUGGCUGCCAGAGCUACAUGGCUCCGGAACGAAUAUCCGGCGGCGGCAUGGCACAGUCCGGCAACGCCGACGGCACCUACAGCGUGCAGAGCGACAUAUGGAGCCUGGGACUGACGGUUAUCGAAUGUGCAACGGGCCGCUACCCGUAUCCGCCAGAGGUGUCGUCCACCAUUUUCAGUCAGCUGAGCGCCAUUGUCGAGGGAGACCCUCCCGACCUGCCGAAAGUGGGAUACUCGGAUGUGGCGAGGGACUUUAUCCGCGGCUGUCUGCACAAGGUACCCAAGAUGCGGGCAACGUAUGCCGCGCUCCUGAAGCAUGCCUGGCUCAAGCCCUUUUCGAAGCCGCAAACCAUUACUGAAGAAGUCGAGGAGGGAGAAGAAGCGGAGAAGGUGGCCGAGGCAGUCGGCAAGAUGCGGCUGGGCAGCGCCAACACCGAGGAUGUCGAAGUCGGCGACUGGGUCCAAUCGGUGCUGAGGCGGAAGCUGCAAGGGCGCGGCGACGGCGGCCCGUCGCGUCCGGCCUUGCACGCGGCGCCCCUCGACACCAUGAGUCCAUUGGGGAGCCCGCUGCUUCAGAGGACUGCCGAGUUGUCAUGA